UUUUGAGAAGAUGCACCUGCAGACCACGCCUAGUCGGUUGCUUGGAGACGAGUGAAUCUGUAGCAUGUUUGGGGUGUAGUAAAUCCACUUGUUUCAGAGCCUUCUAGCUAGAUAACAAUACAUCUAUUCAUAUACAUUGCAUUAUACAUUUUCUUGACACAUUUCUGCAUGUAGGUUGGAUGGAGCGAGCGGUGCAAGGACAUUGUUUGCAUGCCACUUCGCCAGCCUGUGCCGGUUCUGAACGAGAAUGCGUCCAUGGCCAGCAAUGACGUUAUUUCCUGGGGGUGGCAGUGGGAGCAAAGUACUGCAGUUCUGGGGAACAUUGCAUGCGAGUCCGACAUGGGAGCAUUUCGUCUGGAAUAACCUGCUGCACUGACUCCACAUUGUAUGAACUUAACCGCAUGAAGAACUGUUUUUUUUUUUUUUACCAACGCACUUCAAGACAAAUACAUUUUAUUCAGAUAGGUAUAUACAUAUUUUACCGACUCGGCUCGUGUGGACGUUUAGGCAGGCUCACAACGAACCAUGGCGGAGCGAAGUGGCCGGCUGAGCUUCGGUGGCGGGGCGCUCAACAGACCCGUGCCAAUGAACCUGUUCGCCACAUGGGAAAUAGACGGAUCGUCCCCGAGUUGCAUCCCGAGGUUGUGCAGUCUGACUCUGAAGAAGUUGGUGGUUCUGAUGGAGCUGGACAAGGAGCUCAUCUCAGUGGUCAUCGCUGUCAAGAUCCAGGGUUCAAAGAGGAUCCUGAGGUCCCAUGAGAUAGUGCUGCCCCCUAGUGGCUCGGUGGAGACUGACCUGGCUCUCACCUUCUCACUGCAGUACCCUCACUUCCUGAAGAGAGAGGGCAACAAGCUCCAGAUCCUGCUGCAGAGGAGGAAGAGAUACAAGAACAGGACUAUCCUGGGAUACAAGACCCUGGCUGUAGGAACCAUCGAUAUGGCUGAGGUGAUGCAGCACCCUACGGAGGGGGGCCAGGUUCUGUCUCUGUGCAGUAACCAGAAGGAGAUGCUGGGUAAAGUAGCUGAGAUCUGGAUCUUCUCUCUGUCCAGUCAGCCAAUAGACCACGAGGAGGCCGCUCUGCAGGAGGGAACCAAGAUCAAAUGCUCAGAUACCUAUUCAGAGGAGGAGUAUGAGAGUUUCUCUUCAGAGCAGGAGGCCAGCGAUGAUGCUGUUCAGGGUCAGGACCUUGAGGAUGAUGAGUAUGAUGUGAGGAAGCCUAAGAAGCAGAGGAGGUCUAUCGUGAGGACUGCCUCCAUCACCAGGCAGCAGAACUUUAAACAGAGACUGGUGGCCCUGAUCAAGAGGUUCAGAGUCUCAGAUGAGGUGUUGGACUCAGAGCAGGACCCGGCUGAGCCCCCUCCAGAGGUAGAGGAGGAUCUGGACCUAGAGAGUCUGGAGUUUGAGAACCCCAGUGACAGUGGACCAGAACUAGACGAUGACGACAGUGUCCUCAGCACCCCCAAACCCAAACUCAAGCCAUAUUUUGAGGGUCUAUCCCUCUCCAGUUCUCAGACAGAGAUUGGUAGCAUCCACAGCAGCCGGAGUCACAGAGAACCACCAAGUCCGAUGGAUCCAGACAAGACUAAAAGCAGCGGAGACAAGUUCCAGGUGGACAAUGUCUCAGAUAACGCUUCAUUUCAGGAGGAGCAACAAGAGGCAGUAACCCCCACUACGGAGUUGGAGAUGGACAACAUGGACACCUUCCUGGAGAAGCUGCCCCCUACUGGCAAGAUGAAGAAGACCGAGUCCCUCACCAUCCCGUCCAACAGGCAGGAACCUAAGUUGGUGGGGAGGAGAGGGAGGAGUACGUCCCUAAAGGAGCGCCAGCCCAGCAGACCACAGAAUGAGAGAGCCAACAGCCUGGAUAACGAACGCUCCCUCGACACACGCUGCCAUCUACAGAUCCCCAGGAAGACUGUAUAUGACCAGCUGAACCACAUCCUGGUGUCUGACCACCAUCUACCUGACAGCAUCAUCCUCAUCAACACAUCUGAUUGGCAGGGCCAGUAUCUGUCAGAUGUUCUCCAGAACCACCACCUCCCAGUGGUGUGCACCUGCACUACAGCAGACCUCCAGGCUGCCUUCAACACCAUCGUCUCACGCAUACAGAGAUAUUGUAACUGUAACAGCCAGACGCCCAUCCCCAUAAAGAUAGCGGUGGCUGGGGCUCAACACUACCUCGGUGCAGUGCUCAGGCUGUUCGUAGACCACCUGUCUCACAAGACCCCUGAUUGGCUGGGCUACAUGAGGUUCCUCAUCAUUCCGCUAGGAUCUCACCCAGUCUCCAAAUACCUGGGUACCAUCGACUAUCGAUACAACAGUUUAUUCCAGGAUACUGCGUGGAGGGACCUGUUUCACAAGCCAGAAGCUCCAGUCAUGGUGCAGGAGAGUCCAGACGUGGUUUCCAGGGUAACCCAGUAUAUGGUCGGGGCCAACGGAGCUCACCAGCUCCCCAUCGCUGAGGCCAUGCUCACAUACAAACAAAGGAGGAAAAAGAGCUUUCAUUUUGAUUUUGCAGUAAGCCCUGAUGAGGACUCGUGUCAGAAGUUCAUCCCCUUUAUCGGAAUGGUGAAAGUUGGCAUCGUGGAGCAGUCUUCUGCAACAUCAGGUGACUCUGACGAUGCAGCCCCCAUGGGGAUGGUUUUCCUCUCCUCCACCCCUCCUCAGGUGUCCCCCGCCCUGAAGGAAGCCUCCCCCACCCCUCCCUCCUCCCCCUCCGUCAACACAAGCUUCAGUUUCAUACAGGUACAGCGGGAGCUGAUGGGACUACAGGUCGACUACUGGGUGGCUCCCUGCCCGGCUGACAGGAAGAGGGACGUGGAGAAGAGGGACUCCUCCUCCUCCUCCUCUAAGAACACUCUGAAGUGUAGGUUCCGCUCGCUGCAGGUCGGCAGGCUCCCCCAGGCCGGGGCCCAGCCACAGACCACCAUGUCCAUGACCGUCGUCAUGAAGGAGAAGAACAAGAAGGUCAUGUUCCUGCCAAAGAAGACGAAAGACAAGGAUGUGGAGUCCAAGAGCCAGGUGAUCGAGGGCAUCAGUCGACUGAUCUGCACUGCCAAGCACCAGCAGACCAUGCUGAGGGUGCUGAUUGACGGCGUGGAGUGGAAUGAUGUCAAGUUUUUCCAGUUGGCGGCACAGUGGUCGUCACACGUCAAACAUUUCCCCAUCGGGAUCUUUGGACACACUAAAGGGCCUUACUAGCAGGCCACGCAGUCAGCGAUUAGAGCUAGUAUCCAUAGAGACCGUUACCAUAGUAGCCACCGUUACCAUAGACACUCAUCUGGAACUGAGGACGACACCCCCGCUCUCAUGUGCCAGUAGCCUUUAACCUCCCCCAGCUCCGCCCCUUGCACUGCCCCGCCCCCAGUCUGCUCUGCCCCGCCCGCACAUCAUAGCCUGGUCCCAGGUCUGUUUGUGUUGUCUUGCCAACGAUUUGCUUGACAAUGACCAUAGGAGUUGGCAAGACAGCACAAACGGAUCUGGGACCCAAUGUCUUAAUUUAAGUCCCAGCUUUCCCUCGUGUUUAUGUUAUGUUUUUGUGUGUUUGUUUUUUAUAUAUGUAUAUUAUAAAACUUCCCAAGGCAAGGCUGUCAAGGGGAGAUGUUGCUUUCUUUUUUUUUUUUUUGAAAAAGACUAGCAGGAAUAAUCAUUUGAAAAAUUACAUAAUUAAAUAAUCAUUUGAAAAAUGUACUCAUUAACUCCUAAAAAGCGAGUGCUCAACUUUUCGGCCUCCUCCCUCCACCUUUUUUUAUGUGGCGAAGAUGGAUCGUUUCAAACACUUUGCCAGGCACAAAUUAGCAAGAUAACUCCUUGUCAAGAUCACUCCGUAACCAACGGCCCUGAAACGAUGGAGGGAGGAGGAUGAUGGAUGAUGACAGAUGAUGACAGAAGAGAGAACUUAUCUUGUAAGUCUGGAAGAAGGAGUGGUUUGGAUCCUCAAAUGAAAUGACUUGAAGCCUAGACAGCCGUAGUCCUGGGGUGUAUUCACUAGGAAGCGAACGGAAUGAAACGGAGAGGGACCUACCUGAAUUUGUCCAAUAGAAACUCUUGUUUUCGUGACAAAACAUUUUCCAUUGUGAAACGUUUUGCUACGGUGUGCACUCAUGAAUACCCCCCUAAUGACGGUGGCUUCUGCUGUAGUCGGCCACUGAGACCCUCUGCACCAAUCGGAUGUAGCCGGCCACUGAGACCCUCUGCACCAAUCGGAUGUAGCCGGCCACUGAGACCCUCUGCACCAAUCGGAUGUAGCCGGCCACUGAGACCCUCUGCACCAAUCGGAUGUAGCCGGCCACUGAGACCCUCUGCACCAAUCGGAUG